GAGAUUAUUCGCAAGAUUGAUCCAAUGGAAAUUGUGUAACGCACGUAACGCGUAACGAGGAUGGAUCUUUCAACUUAGUUCUUGGAAACCUACACAAUUCGCUAUGGCUGUUCGGCAGCUGAACAUGAAGCUGGCCUCAGCUCUUGGAACUCAUAUACGCAGAGGGAAACUAAUAAACAAAAGUGGUCUUCUGUCCCCUGUGUCUUCAUGUCUAUUUCAGUGUCAAGCCCUUCACAAAUCGUCCACAUCGAGCAGCCAUUAUCAGAAGCAACAGCUCCAACAUGCAACCACUGCAGCAGCAACAGCACCAGCAACAAAACCACACCUUAAAGACUCUGAAUCCUCUCAAGAGGUUCUCAAGCCUCAGUCUGGACUUAAUGAGAGGGUAGAGAAAGCCAUACAGAGCACGGUGGACCAGGUUUCACCAUGUCCUAUUGAACCCAAAGAUGGGAACAAAGCGGAGGGCAUAGAGGUAGGAGUGGAAGAGGAGGUGAGGUGGAGGGAACAGACUGUCAAGCUCUCGGAGCUAUCUUCAAUCUAUAUGCAACUAUCCAAGAGCAGGUUGACUAGUCUGGUAGUAAUAUCUGCCCUAGCUGGCUAUGGCAUGGCUCCUGGAGUCUUUGAUAUUACUACGUGUGCAUUGAUGGGACUAGGGACAUUUCUUACCUCAUGUUCAGCGAAUACAGUCAACCAGUUUUGCGAAGUGCCAUAUGAUUCUCAGAUGGCCAGGACAAGGAAUCGGGUACUAGUUAGAGGAUUGAUCAGUCCUCUUCAUGCAUUCACCUUUGCAUCCGUAGUGGGCGUUUCAGGUGUAGCACUACUCGCCACUACAGUGAACCCACUGUCAGCAGCAGUAGCAGCAUCCUCCUGGGCCCUGUAUGUCCUAGUCUACACCCCAAUGAAGCGCUACAGUAUAGUCAAUACAUGGGUUGGUGCGGUGGUCGGGGCUCUUCCUCCAGUCAUUGGUUGGGCUGCAUGCUGUGGUUCAUUAGGACCUGGUGCUCUGCUGAUGGCUGGCUAUCUCUACAGCUGGCAGUUUCCUCACUUCAAUGCUCUCAGCUGGAACCUCCGCAGUGACUACUCCCGGGGUGGCUACCGCAUGAUGGCCACCACGGACCCUGGACUGUGCCGGCGGGUUGCCCUGCGUCACUGCUUUGGCUUGAUAGGCCUAUGCACCCUGGCCCCCAUCUUUGACCUCACCACCUGGACCUUCGCUGUGGACUCUUUACCCCUCAACCUCUGGUUGACGUACCUGGGAUAUAAGUUCUACAGGGAUGCGGACAGCAAGUCGGCGAGACAGCUCUUCAAGUUUACACUUCUCCAUCUACCUCUCUUGAUGCUUCUGCUGUUGAUCAGCAAGAAGGAAUUGCACGAUUGGGACAAGAAUCCUGCUCUUCCCGAAGGCUUGCAUAAAGUUGCUUGAUGACGAUUGUCCACUGUGAUGUCCCAAUGGACAAUCUGGAGUUGAGGAACAUUGGCUUGGUGGUGUCAGUGACAUGAUCCACAUCAAAACCCUGUCCUUACAGCACUGUGCCUUUGAGGAAAGAAUUGUCUUUCGUGG